CUAGACGCACUUGAUCAGGUCACGAUGUAACUUCCGGGUCUGAAUGCAAAACCGAGCUUUAAUAACUUUGCUGUUUGUGAGUCGAUGCGCGUUGAUUACAUUUGUUGCCAUACAAGCUGCAAAAAGUGUUUGAUUGGUGGCACAGCCGAGAUGAUUAGGUGUAAUUCAUCGUAGCGUGACAUCCUUCCUGUAAGCUGCGUUUUGCAAGAGAUAUCACGGGAGUUGUGCUUUGGUCUUCCGGAAGCGUCGCGUGCAGAGGUGCGUGCGUGCAUGCGCGCGUGCGAGCCAUGAAGGUGAAGGUGAUCUCCAUCCUGGAGGACAACUACAUGUACCUGGUGAUAGAGGAGCAGAGCAAGCAGGCCAUAGCUGUGGACCCCGCUGUACCCCACCGGCUGCUGGAAAUAGUCAAAAGAGAAGACUUGUCUCUCAUUGCUAUUCUCACAACGCACUAUCACUGGGACCAUGCUCGUGGGAAUGCGGCUCUGGUGAAGGAGAUCCCCGGCUUCAAGGUUUACGGAGCAGAUGAUAGAAUCGAGGGACUGACGGAUAAAGUCACAGACUCUCAGGAACUGAAGUUUAACUCCAUCAAUGUGAAGUGCCUGUUCACUCCUUGCCACACCGCCGGUGAUAUGUGCUACUACGUCUGGGAGGAUGAGUGCACUGACGCCCCGGCCGUGUUCACAGGAGACACACUGUUUAUUGGUGGAUGUGGCCGGUUUUGUGAGGGUACAGCAGAACAGAUGCACCACAACCUCACCAAAGUGCUUGCUUCCCUACCUCAAGAAACGAAGGUGUUCUGUGGACAUGAGAACACAAUCAAGAACCUAAAGUUUGCCAUGUUGGUGGAACCAGAAAAUGAAAAGGUUAAAGAGAUGCUGAGCUGGGCCAGGGCGAGAGAUGACGAUGACAAACCCACCGUGCCGUCCACCCUAAGAGAGGAGUUUGAUUACAACCCUUUUCUCCGCCUCUCGGAGAAAGCCGUGCAGAAGUUCACUGGGAAGACGGACCCUGUAGAUGUGAUGAGAGUCCUGAGAAAGGAGAAGGAUAAAUUCAAGAAGCCCAAGGACAGGCUGCCACCUAACGCCAUGUUGGCUUUGCAGUGGGGACUACUUAUGAGCUCUAAAGAUAAUUUGAGCUCAGCGAUCAAAGAGUGACUGAAUGUUUUAUUACAUUAAAGACAGUGGCACAUUU